UUGUUUUUGACUUUGUUCUAUAAAAAAUAAUGGCCGAUGAGCCCUCAGACCACACUGUGGUGAUAAAAUGGAGUGGUCAAGAGUACAAACUUACCGUUAAAAAAGACGGCGCGGUGGCAGACCUAAAGAAAACAAUUCAAGAUGCAACCGGUGUACUCCCAGAAAGACAGAAAUUACUCGGGUUAAAAUUCAAAGGGAAGCCUCCAGGGGAUGAUGUCUGCUUAACUGAUUUGAAAUUAAAACCUUCCACCAAAAUCAUGAUGAUGGGAAGCAGAGAAGAAGAGCUGGAUAAAGUGAAGGAAGUUCCGAAGGAUCUCCCAGAAGUGGUGAAUGAUUUUGACAUUGAAGAGGAAGAGAUAGCUAUAGAAAGCAGAGAAGAAUAUCUAUCCAAAAUUGACAGACGCAUCAAAGACUAUAAAAUCACUGUACUAAAUGAACCAAGGCAAGGGAAGAAACUCUUGGUAUUGGACAUUGAUUACACGUUGUUUGAUCACAGAUCUGUGGCUGAAACAGCUAAUGAACUGAUGAGACCAUACUUACAUGAAUUUCUGCAAUCAGCUUAUGAAGACUACGACAUUGUAAUAUGGUCUGCCACAGGGAUGAAAUGGGUGGAGGUAAAGAUGAAAGAGUUAGGAGUUACCUCAAACCCGAACUACAAGAUCUGCUUCAUGUUAGACAGCCUCGCCAUGAUAAGUGUUCAUACACCUAAAUAUGGAGUCAUUGAGGUGAAGCCACUAGGAGUUAUCUGGGGUAAAUAUCAACAGUGGAGUGCCAAAAAUACUAUUAUGUUUGAUGAUAUUCGAAGAAACUUUAUCAUGAAUCCACAAACAGGACUUAGGAUACGAGCUUUCAGGGAAGCUCAUUUUAAUAGGGAUAAGGAUAGAGAACUAUUAAAACUUUCAAAAUACCUCAAAGACAUAGCAGCUCUAGAUGACUUCACAGGUCUUAAUCAUCGUCACUGGGAAAGAUACAGACCAAAAAGAAAACAUGAAAAUACAGAAUCAGUUGAAGGAAAAUCUGACAAAAAAGCGGAUGACACAUGAAAAGAAAUAAAUCAUUAGCAGUUCAUGUGAUCAGAAAACCUUCAAGCGAGGAGAGAGAAUGGAACCAUGGGCUUCCAGAGAAAUUAAGCGUAAGCUUUAAAUCCACUACAAGAAAUAGGUUAUCUGAGGAUGGACAAGUACUUUUUUCGCACCAUGAUUUUGACUGACCGUUCUGCACGUUUACUCCAUGGUUUGGUUUUUCAUUUUGUUGUGACAAAAAAGGAAUAUUUACAACAUUUUUGGAGUACUCUUCAACAGGAAUUGUAGAGUGUCAAAAUACAUUUACAUUAGAUUUUUUUUAUUGUAUGUUAAUUUUUUUGUCAGAAUAUUUGUGUUGUAAAUUUCAGUUGCUUUAUAAAUCGAUAUUGAAAUCAAGCCACAUGAAGUUUAAAAGUUGCGUAGAACGCGGAAUUGAGAUAUGAAAAGUAAAUAAUACAAAACUUGUAGAUAUGGUAAACAAAAAUAAAU